AUGGAGGAGUUUCAAUCUCGGGGUCCAACUGAGGUCAGUUGCUCCCAUUAUGUAGAUGUUGGCCGCUGGAGAGUCCAUUUCGAUGGUCGCUCCGGGGUGAAUGAGUUUUUACAAAGAGUAGAAGAGCGAGACCUGGCUUUGCAGAUGAUCCACUCGAUUUCUGACUUGAUACAUCUGGCUCGUGCAAGUCAGGAAACUUCAUUACGAGUUCAAAACUUCCAUCCCCCACCUACAAAUCACCGAAACCUCCUUGAGCUCGAGUUGGCAUAUCAUAGGCCCGGUAAUUCAUCGCAACAUGUGCCGCGAAUGCAAACGGCAGCUGUGGUUGCUGAUCCAUCAAAGGGGUCGGAACAGAUCGUAUUUGGAAGUAGUAGCAAGGCCAUGUCUGAACAGAAAAAAAGAAAAGUAGAGACCAGUAAUGAUCCCAAUGUAUGGCUGAAGUGGUACCAUGAACUAAGUGAUGAAAGUGAUCUGAGUGAAAGCUCUAAGGAUGAAGAUGAAAGUGACAAAGAGGAAGAAAAUAUACUGACAGAGAGUGAGCAUAAUACAGAAUCGGAACAAGAGGUUGCGGAAAGUGAAGAAGUUGAAAGUGAAGACGUGCCUUUAGAUUCUGCUAGUUUCUACAUUGGGAAGGACAAAAUAACGAAAUGGAGAAAAGCGAACCCUCCAAGAAAUGUGAAAACAAGGUCCCAUAACAUUAUUAUUCAUUCACCAGGACCCAAAGGUAAAGCACGAGAAGUGAAAACAGAAGUAGCAGCUUCAGAACUCUUUUUAGACGACAAUAUUCUCAACACAAUUACAGCGUGCACUAAUAUUUAUAUAGAGAAAACACGUCAAGAAUUUACAAGGGACAGAGGUGCAAGGAGUACUGAUGAGAUAGAAAUAAGGGCAUUUAUUGGAUUGUUGUUCCUUAUAGGCAUCAUGAGGUGUUCUCGUAAAAAUAUUCAUUUACUAUGGGAUAACUCCAAGGGAAAUGGCAUUGAAUCAUGUUAUCUUACUAUGAGUGAACAAAGGUUCCGUUUCCUUUUGAGAUGUUUGAGAUUUGACAACAUCAAUGACCGUAACAUGCGUAAAGAACUUGAUAAAAUGGCAGCAAUUAGGGAAGUGUUUGAACUAUUCACCAAUAAUUUUGAGAAAUAUUUCUCACCGAGUGAAUAUCUAACUAUAGACGAGCAAUUGCUUGCGUUUAGAGGUCGUGCAGCUUUACGCCAGUACAUCCCCAAUAAGCCAAGUAAAUAUGGCAUUAAAACAUUUGCUUUGGUUGAUGCUAAAACAGCUUAUACUAUGAAACUGGAAACGUUCUUGAACAUGGUGCGAACGUACAAGAAGAAAACUGCAAGAGGUAUUAUUCCAAUUGAACAAUAUGAAAGUGCCAUGCAGGCCAUAUUACAAGAAAAAUUAUCAAUUAGAGAUGCUGCUACUCGCUACGGGGUUAAUUUUAUGACGUUACACCGCUAUAUGAAAAAAAAGUUAGCCCUAAACGUUGAAAACAGAAGCAAGUGCUUAGUUGGCUACGCUACGCACAGAAAAAUAUUUAACGAUGCCGAAGAACAGGAACUUGCGAAAUACACAGAGUAUUCCGCUAAAAUUUAUUACGGUCUUACAACUUCUGAUUUGCGCAAACUUGCAUUUCAUUUUGCGAUAGCAAACAACAUAUCUGUUCCAGAAAAUUGGAAGGUGAAAGAAAUAGCUUCCAAGGAUUGGUUAUAUGGAUUUCUGAAGAGGCAUCAAACUUUAUCUGUCAGAAUACCCGAAGCUACUAGUAUGGGCAGAGCCACUGCGUUUAAUCGCCAUAAUGUGUCGCAGUUUUUCAAUAAUCUUGGCAAGGUUUAUGAUAAAUAUAAAUUCCAGCUUCAAGAUGUCUAUAAUAUGGACGAGACUGGACUUACCACGGUCCAAAGGCCCACAAAAAUCAUAGCAAAAAGGGGAACUAAGCAGGUAGGCGCUAUCACUUCUGGAGAAAGGGGUCAACUUGUUACCUUGGCAUUAGCGGUUAACGCAAAUGGCAAUUUCGUACCUCCAUUCAUAAUAUUUCCACGGAAAAAAUUCAAGGAUGUUAUGGUAGCAAAUGGGCCUCCUGGUUGUGUCGGUGCAUCCCAUUCCUCUGGGUGGAUGACAUGUGAAAAUUUUUUGUUGUUUAUGAAACAUUUUGUCCAAUUUGUCCGCUGUAGCAAAGAGAAACCAGUUUUAAUGGUCUUAGAUAAUCAUGAAUCACAUUUAUCUAUCCCUGUGUUGAACUUUUGCAAAGUUAAUGGAGUUGUUCUUUUAAGUUUCCCGCCCCACACAUCUCACAAGCUGCAGCCCCUUGAUCGCACUGUGUUUGGCCCACUAAAAAGAUAUUUCAAUAGUGCUGCAGAUGCAUGGAUAAGAUCUAAUCCAGGUAAAGUAACGAACAUCUAUGAUAUACCUACCGUUCUAAGAGAUUCAUUUUCCCUUGCUGUUACGCCUCUUAAUAUACAAAAAGGAUUUAAGGUGACUGGAAUUUGGCCUUUCAACAGACAAAUAUUUCAAGAUGAUGAAUUCUUACCCUCAGAAGUAACAGACAGGCCAAAGCCAGAAAAUAUUAACACAGCAAUGGAAAUAAGUCCUGAACCAGAAUUUAAUAGGGAAAACCAAAGAACCCCACAACCUUCUACGAGUUCAGCUUGCAGCUUAUCGUUAGAUAAAUCUGUUGAUUUACUAUCUACUGGAACUCAUAUAACGCCCCGAGAAUUAAAACCUUACCCAAAAGCCAUGCCAAGAAAAUCAAAAGUAGGUCGGAAGAAAAGAGUUUCCGCAAUUUUGGCAGACACUCCGAUUAAAUCUGCUUUAGAGGAGGAAGAAAGGACAAGACAAAGAAAAAAAAAUGUGGGAGCAACUAAAAGAAACAUAUCAGGUGAAUUAACAAGUGGGGCAAAGUCUAAAUGUAAGAAAUAG